AUGAAUGGUGAAGUUAUAUUAGCACUUCAAGCACCACCACCAGAAAUUUAUUAUUUUCUUACAGAAAAAGAUUCAAUAUCUAAAGUACUAUUUGUUAACAAAAUAAGAGCUUAUAAUCAAGCAUUUGCUUUUAUAUCAAUUGCUACUAAUCUAGAUUUGGAUUUUGUUAAUAAAAAAAAAGAGACCUAUUGCUAUAGAAUUCAGA